CGACCCGAGCGCGGACACCGCCGAGCACAUACACCCAACCGCGGCUGACGACGGCUUCACGGACCGUCUCUCGCUCACCCUUCGAACUAUUGAAUCCUAUCACACCAUGUGAUGGCAUGGGAAAGAGUUUGGAGGCGAGGAGGCGCAGGUGUUGGGAUUCCAAAGCAGGAUGCUGACUGGCCGUUCAGGUGACGAGAAGAGUUCGGGAUGACGAGAGAAUACGCACUUCACGGAUCAAGAGACCGACUUACCGCCAGGUCUUGCUCGAGAAGAUGGGCUAUAAAUAUGAGGCUGGCCUCCCGACUGUUUCUCUCAACAUCCCCAGAUCUUCAGUCUACUCUCACACAUCACAUCACAGCCAACCAAAGCCUCUUUCAGCUCAACAACUCAGCUCCAUUCAAAAUGGUCAAGUUCACCUCCGUCGCCGUGGCCCUCGCCGCCACCAUCACCGGCGCCUCGGCCGACUUCGUCAAGGCCUGCAACUUCCCGUACGACGUGUGCGGCUGGACGCUGACCAACCAGGAGUUCGGCUAUGACCAGGCCACCCUCGAGGCCGCGGCCACCGCCGCCGGGCAGGACCCCAGCAACAGCACGAUCCUCUACGACUCCAUCUACAACUGCCAGGCGGAGGGCGCCAUUGCGUGGAACCACCACUGCGACCACGGCUGUGAGGCUGCCCUCGUGGUGCCCAACGCCAACUGCGCCGCUGCCCCCUAAGCAAUUUGAUUUAUGAGAUGGGGUCGCAGAACUACGGGCUGGGUGGGGAAUGGGAAGGGG